AUGGAGGUAGAGAACAACAAGCUCCAACAAAAACUGUCCCUCAACUCAGUUGAAAUUAGGGGGGUUUCGGUAAAGGAAAAUGAGGACCUAUACAGCAUCCUCUUCUCAGUUGGCGAUGCACUUGGUCUUGCUCUUGGCACUUCCGACGUUAGUGGAAUUUAUCGACAAUCGUCAAAUGAUCCAGUCCGCCCACCGCCGAUCACAGCUGUCUUCACGCGUCAUGAUGCAGCUGUAAACCUAGUGACUUCCAUCCGUAGGCGAAAGGGUAAAUUGACAACACGGGAUUUACGAUGGAAGGAUAACGUGGCUCAUGAUAUCUACGUCAGCGAAAGCCUGGCACCUUCAUCCCGUAAACUUUUUGCGGCGGCAAGGGCAGCCAGGCGAGCGAAAGUCGUCAAGUAUGCCUGGACACGAAAUGGCAACAUCUAUGUGAGAAAAGAAGAUGAGGCUUCACUCAUACAUGUCUCAAAAAUUGCUGAUAUCCCUGAAAUCCCUACCAAAUCAUCAUAG